AUGUAUAAAUCGAACGAAGAUUGUUUUUAUUUUCUUACAUCAUCCUGUGCAAAAGGUUCAUCAUGUACAUAUCGACAUAGUCCAUUAGCUUUAACAUGUAACGUUAUCUGUCCAGCUUGGCUACGUGGUAAUUGUCCUGAACCUGCUUGUCCAUUUCGUCAUAGUACUGCUCAGCGUCCAAUGAUCAGUAAUGGUAUAUUAUGUUUCUAUGAAAAUACAGCAACGGGUUGUUUGAAACUUGACUGUACAUUUAUUCAUUCACGUCCACGAAUGAAUUUACGAAAUACAUCAAUAAUUCGACCUACAUCAACAAAUCUUAUCAAAAAAGAUGCAACUAAAUCUAUUGUUAAUAAUACUCCUUCUAUUGGAAUACCACAAACAACAUCUGUUUCUAAUGCUAAUAUCAAUUCUUCUCAACCAACAAUCAGUGAAACACAAUUAGUCAUGCCAAUUAAUACAAUCGAAUCAUCAUCAUCAAAUUCUGACACAUCGUUACCCAUACUUAAAACUGAAACGAUUACACGUCGUAUUGCGGUACCGUCGGAUAUUAAUCAAUCAAAUGAUGAUAAGAAUUUAUCAGACAACAACAAUAAUACUAAUAAUAAUAAUCCAAGUUUGAAUAAAUCCACUAUUCGUAGUGUAAUUACAGAUUCUCCAGACGCCAAUCAAGAAGAAAUAACAACAACACAAUCACGAUUAGGUGUUAACCGAAAUGUUGUUAUUGCUGAAACAACUUCUGUUCCAAAGCGAAAAAUUGUUCGAACAACAUUAUCAUCCUCAUCAUCAUCAAAUCGUGUUGUUGUUUCAUCUGAAAAAGAUAAAAAGGCUGACAUUGAUUUGGUCGGACAAGAAAAUGAUACAAAAAAAAUUAAACAAGAUUCUAAAUCAAGAUUAGCCUUGUUACAAGAUGUUGAACGUCGAACAAUGCGUAUUGAACGUUUCCAGAAAAAACCAAUCUCUCCGCCUCGAUCAAUUAUUUGUUCUACUUCAAUAACUGCAAUGGAUAAUACGAAUAUUAAUUUAUCUACUAAUCGUAAUGUCAUUACAUCAUCUUCUAAUGAACGUAAACGUACGGCACCAGAUACAACAAUCGAAGAUACACCACCAUCAAAACGUAUUUCUACUUCAUUAUCACAACAUCAAUCUUCUCUUCAUCAAGAGAUCUCAUCCCUCAAUACACCUACACAUUCAUCUUCAUUAUUAUCGAGUCAUGAUAAAAAUUCGGCAAAACAAACCGAUGAAUCAAAUGCAAGAAUUUCUCAAAGCAAAAACUCUUCAUCGACUACACUGGUGCCACAUCAACCAGUAACUUCUUUCUCUGUACGUCCACGUUUUACACCGCAAUUGAUUGUUGCACCCUCUUUGCAAUCAUCGUCAUCAACAACAACAAAAAUACCACGACCACGACAACCACCAUCAGUUGUUAUUAAACGACCUUUAGCUCCAAUGAUGACUUCUUCUCAAACAUCAACAAAACGUAUUGAACAAAUACCAUUAAGUGUUCCCGAUAGUAAAAGUUCUCCUUCUAAACGAACUACGGAAUCUCAAUUAUCAAAUAUUCCAAAUCAAGAUGAUGAAAAUCAAUUACUCAAACCGAAUGAAUCUAAUGAUGUUGUUGAUACAUUUGCAUUAAUUGAUGAAGCUUUACUUGAAGCUGAUCAUCUUCUAGAACUUUUGUGA